AUGGUCUCCAGUUUGCCUCCAUCACUUGCAGGAAUUGGAUUUUCUGUCCUAGGCACCAAAAACUCUUGGGCUAUCCUUGCAAAUGAAAUCAAUGAGACCAUCAUAUGUACCAAGGACCUGAUUGAAGUAGAAAUCCCAAGUACAUUCUUCCUGUCAAAGAACCCUCCAAUAUUAGUCUCUGAUUUGCACCUUAAUGACCCGGAAUGCCACGGCACUGAAGUAGGAAACCUGUACAUAUUCAGCAUUAAGACCAACUUCACAGACUGUGGAACAAGAAUGGAUUCAGAUGGUGCACAUAUUAUUUUUAUCAACACCAUACAGAACAACUUCUCUGAUAUAAUCACAAGAACUUUUAUCAAUAUCACAUUUGCCUGCCGAUACCCUAUUAAUUACAUGGUACAGCAACCUAAUGGAGAAAACAAAAUCAUUGUUGAUAUCAGGUCCAUUAUACUAAAUACAGAAGAUGGUAACUUCUCCGUGUCCAUGUUGCUCUACAAGGACCAGCAUUUUGAAGAUAUGUGGACUACCAUUCCUUUUCUAACUCUAGAGGACAACAUAUUUGUCAAAGUGAAAAUGGUUCCAGGUAAUUUAAUAAUGAGGCUUGAAAACUGCUGGUCUACCCCAACGAAGGAUCCUGUUCAUGCUGUUCAAUAUUUUUUUAUUAAAGAGAGCUGUCCACAAAUCGUAAAAGAUGAAACCUUGACAGUAAUAGCAAAUGGAGAAGGUGAAGAAGCAAUGUUUAGGAUCCAAAUGUUCAAAUUUGUUGGCAUCUUGUACAACCAUGUUUUCGUACACUGCACAGUUCAGAUUUGUCAUAGCACAGCAGCUGUUUGCAAACCAAACUGCACAGACAAGGAUACUCUGAUCAGAACUAAAAGAGAAGUCACACCUUUUUUUAGUCACGUGGUAUCUUAUGGCCCUAUAAAACGUAAGUUGGUAGAUAAUGAAGAGGCUAAUGUUGAUAAAGGAAAACUUCCACCGGUAGAAAUUUUGAUCCUUAGUGGAAUUCUAAUGGCUGUUCUGGUGACUAUUGUAGUUUUUGGAAACCUUUUGUUUCAGUCAAGGAGGACAUACCCUGCUAUGCAAGCACAACUGACAAUGUCCCGUUUUCACAGUUCUGAAGUGCCAUCAUGAACAAUUGUUCCUACACUGCAGCAACUGCACUGUGUUGUAGCAUAUUAACAUUUACAUAUUUUAUAUACAUCUCAAGGACCUGGGUUAGUACUGAUAUUUCUGUCCAGCUGCAAGUAAAAUUUACCGAAAAUAGGAAAAAACAUUUAGUAAUAAAUGUAAGUGAACCUAUAAUCCGAGGAUGUGUA